AUGGAUAAAUUAACGCUGAGUCUAAAAGAUAAGGAAUCUUCAAUAUUUUAUAAGCCAGCAUUGUAUGUGGUUGCAUCUUCCAUAGCUUUAUUAGGAUAUAGUGGGACUGUAGAUAUUUCCUCUAUUCUGCUACUUAGAAUGAAUCCAUUCAGGGACAGGAUCUGCAAGGUCUUCUCCACAGAUGGCUACUUUACAUUUGAGGACAUCCUUGGGAUGGCAUCUGUCUUCAGUUACCUAGCAUGUCCCACUCUUAAGAUUGAAUACGCUUUUCGGAUUUAUGAUUUCAACAAUGAUGGUUUUGUUGAUGAGGAAGAUCUCCAAAAUGUAAUCCGCAGAUUAAUCCAUAAGAAUAACCUCAGUGAGGAAGAAAUUGUGUCUCUGGCGAACCAUAUUUUGGAGGAAGCUGACUUGGAUAAUGACAGAAUGCUCUCUCUGGCAGAAUUUGAACAUGCUAUGAUAAAAUCUCCAGACUUCCUACAGUAA